UCCUCCGUCUGACAUAUCGAUCGGAUAUCGGAUGCAUAGGGUUCGGAGGAAAUUGCAUCCCCAGUGAAAAAGCGCUGCUUCAGAGCAUCUCCGCCGUAAACUCUUCGCGUCCACGUUCCUCCGCUUGCUUCUGUCGCAGCGCAUUAGCCGCAGUGAUCGCAGGAAUCCGGCAGCGGUGCGGGUCGUGCACAGCGCCUCUUUGUGUGGCAGCUCACCUGGAUCGUCCGAAUUCACUCUCUGGCGAAGAAGAAACGGGAAGUUGACCAGGGUAGAGAUGUUGGUUCCUUUGCCGCGGUUGACGAGUUCUUUCAGGGCUCCCUACGACGUUGAUCAGGCGUACCUCCGCCGCAAGAGGAUACUACGGAACCUAAAGUCGAGAAGGGCCAACGAUGAACCUGAACUUGCUCGGAAGCUGAUUCCUCACUGGGACGAAGCUUCAGCUGAAUUGCAUCAAGCAUAUAGGCAAUUUGUUGGUUCUGUUGUUGAGUUGGUAAAUGGCGAGGUGUCCUCAGAGGAAUUCCGGGAGGUGGCAAAGACUGCUUAUGAUCUUUUUGGUCACUUUCACAUGGAUAAUGAUUUGACCAAGAGUGUUACCCAGAAAAAGAUUGAAUUGCAACGACUUAUUGGUUACAAUAUUGAAGAUGCAAUCCUACAGAAAAUGGCUUCUCUAGCUCAGAGGCUAUAUGUUCUUCAGCAUUCACCCAAUAAUGCUCUAGUUGCCCAGGAAAUUGGAGCAGAUGGAUGUGGUGACAGUACCAUUGAAUUUGGUUCUGAUCUUAGUUUCCAGGUUCCUUCUCGCUUUGUUUUGGAUGUGCCAUCGGAAAAUGUUACAACUUUGUCAAGCGAUUUUCUGCCAACCUCUGCAUUUGAUGACAAUCAUUACAGUCACACACACUUUGCUAAUCAUGAUUCAACUACUGACCAAAGAACUGGUAGCUUAAAAUGGCUAAAAGAUGCUUGUGAUAUGAUAGUGCAACAUGAUGGUGCAUCACAGAUAUCUGGAGAUGAGCUUGCAAUGGCUUUGUGCCGUGUGCUCCUGUCUAAUAAAGCUGGCGAUGAGAUAGCUGGUGAUUUGCUGGACCUUGUUGGUGAUGGUUCCUUUGAAACAGUUCAGGAUCUAUUAUUGCAUCGCAAAGAGCUUGUGAAUGCAAUUCAACAUGGGUUGUUUAUAUUAAAGUCUGAGAAGAUAUCCUCAAACAAUCAACCUAAAAUGCCUAGUUAUGGCACCCAGGUUAUUGUACAAACUGAAUCAGAAAGACAAAUGGAUAAACUUCGGCGUAAGGAGGAAAAACGUAAUAAACGGUUGGGAGAAUAUGGAAACACACUAGAUUUUCCGGUUGAAAGCUUUUAUUCUCUUCUUUUGGCAAGUCAGAAGAAACAACCUUUAGAUGAUUUAAUUGGAAUUGGCCAUGGGCUUAAUUCUGUUUUGAUCAGUGCUCUUCCUGAAGGAACUAUAAGAUUGCAUAAUAGCGGUUAUGAAGAAGUUAGAAUUCCACCCACUCCAACUGCUGCUAUGAAACCGCAUGAAAAACUGAUUGAAAUCAAAGAACUGGAUGAUUUUGCGCAAGCUGCUUUCCAGGGUUACAAAUCCCUGAAUCGCAUCCAGAGCCAUAUUUAUCAAACAACUUAUAAUACCAAUGAAAAUAUUCUGGUUUGUGCGCCUACUGGUGCUGGAAAGACGAAUAUUGCUAUGAUAUCUAUUCUUCACGAGAUCAAACAACACUUCAGGGAUGGUUUUUUACACAAAGAUGAGUUCAAGAUAGUAUAUGUUGCUCCAAUGAAGGCUUUGGCUGCUGAGGUGACAACCACAUUCAGUCGCAGGUUAUCCCCAUUGAAUCUGGCUGUAAGGGAACUUACAGGUGACAUGCAAUUGUCAAAAAAUGAGCUCGAGGAGACCCAGAUGAUAGUGACUACACCUGAAAAAUGGGACGUGAUUACACGCAAAAGCAGUGACAUGUCAUUGUCAAUGCUGGUAAAACUCUUAAUCAUUGAUGAAGUGCAUCUGCUUAAUGAUGAUAGAGGUCCAGUAAUAGAAGCUCUAGUUGCCCGAACACUUCGACAGGUUGAGUCAACACAAUCAAUGAUAAGAAUUGUGGGAUUAUCUGCCACCUUACCAAAUUACUUAGAGGUCGGACAAUUUUUGCACGUUAAUCCAGACAAUGGACUGUUCUUUUUUGAUUCAAGCUAUCGUCCAGUUCCCCUAGCUCAACAAUACAUUGGGAUCACUGAGAAAGAUUUCUAUAAAAAGAAUGCUUUAUUUAACUCAAUUUGUUAUGAAAAGGUAUUGGAUUCAAUAAAGCAAGGUCAUCAAGCAAUGGUAUUUGUCCAUUCACGUAAAGACACUGGGAAAACUGCAAGAACUUUGAAUGAGUUAGCACUAAAUUCUGGUGACCUGGAGUUAUUUGGGAACGAUACACAUCCUCAAUUUGCUUUGAUCAAGAAAGAGGUUAGUAAAUCCAGAAACCGGGAACUUGUUGAGUUAUUUGAAUCUGGUUUCGGCAUUCACCAUGCUGGAAUGCUUCGUUCUGAUAGAGCUCUCACAGAACGUCUAUUUUCUGAUGGAUUACUUAAAGUCCUUGUGUGUACUGCAACUUUGGCAUGGGGAGUGAAUUUACCAGCACAUACAGUUAUCAUCAAGGGCACACAACUUUAUGACCCUAAGGCUGGUGGAUGGCGAGACUUGGGUAUGCUUGAUGUCAUGCAGAUCUUUGGUCGCGCUGGGAGACCACAGUUUGACAAGAGCGGUGAAGGCAUUAUACUUACAACUCAUGACAAACUGGCAUAUUAUUUGAGGCUGCUUACUAGUCAAUUACCUAUAGAAAGUCAGUUUAUUAACUCAAUGAAGGAUAACUUGAAUGCUGAGGUGGUGUUAGGGACCGUCACAAACAUCAAAGAGGCUUGUGCUUGGCUUGGUUACACAUAUUUGUUUAUAAGAAUGAAGACCAACCCUCUGGUGUAUGGAAUACCAUGGGAUGAGGUGAUUGCUGAUCCAUCCUUAGUUUCCAAGCAAAGAUCUCUUAUAACCGAUGCUGCACGUGCUCUGGACAAGGCAAAAAUGAUGCGUUUUGAUGAGAAGAGUGGCAACUUCUACUGCACAGAGCUUGGCCGAAUAGCCAGCCACUUUUAUCUUCAGUACUCUAGUGUUGAAACUUACAAUGAGAUGCUUCGGCGGCAUAUGAGUGACAGUGAAGUGAUUAACAUGGUUGCUCAUUCUUCUGAGUUUGAGAACAUUGUUGUUAGAGAGGAAGAGCAGGACGAGCUGGAAAAUUUGUUUAAAAUGUUAUGUCCAUUAGAAGUUAAAGGUGGACCAACAGACAAGCAUGGAAAAAUUGCAAUCCUUAUUCAGGUGUACAUUUCACGUGGUUCAAUUGAGAGCUUCUCUCUUAUUUCAGAUGCUGCAUAUAUUAGUGCUAGCUUGGGUCGUAUUAUGCGUGCUCUAUUUGAGAUUUGUUUGCGCAGAGGCUGGUGUGAAAUGUCCGCUUUAAUGUUGCAAUAUUGCAAGGCUGUUGAUCUGCAAAUUUGGCCUCAUCAGCAUCCUCUUAGACAGUUUGAGCGAGACCUCUCAGCAGCAGUUCUGAAAAAACUUGAAGAAAGAGGCACAGAUUUGGACCAUCUAUUUGAGAUGGAAGAGAAAGAUAUAAGUGCUUUGAUACGCUAUGCUCCAGGAGGAAAGUUGGUCAAGCAGUAUCUGAGUUACUUUCCAAUUAUUAACUUAUCUGCUACGGUUAGCCCAAUUACCAGAACCGUUUUAAAGGUUGAUCUUCUUAUAACUCCAGAAUUUAAUUGGAAGGAUCGGUUUCAUGGUACUUCCAAACGCUGGUGGAUUCUUGUUGAGGAUUCAGAGAAUGAUCACAUUUAUCAUUCAGAGCUUUUCACAUUGACUAAACGAAUGGCAAGGCCUGAACCACAGAAGCUUUCAUUCACUGUUCCAAUAUUUGAACCACAUCCUCCACAGUACUACAUACGUGCUGUUUCUGAUUCUUGGUUGCAUGCUGAAUCACUCUAUACUGUGUCCUUCCACAAUCUCACAUUGCCAGAGAUGCAAAUAUCACACACAGAACUUCUUGAUCUGAAACCUCUUCCUGUUGGUUCACUUGGCAACAAGACUUACAAAAAUCUUUAUAAAUUUUCUCACUUCAAUCCGAUACAAACACAGGCUUUUCAUGUCCUAUAUCACUUGGAUAACAAUGUACUUUUGGGAGCUCCAACAGGCAGCGGAAAGACAAUAUCAGCAGAGUUAGCUAUGUUGCAUCUAUUUGACACUCAGCCAGAUAUGAAGGUUGUUUACAUAGCUCCUCUCAAAGCAAUUGUUCGAGAAAGAAUGAAUGACUGGAAAAGGCGUCUUGUUUCUCCACUUGGGAAGAAAAUGGUUGAGAUGACUGGCGACUUUACUCCUGAUCUUAUGGCAUUAUUGUCAGCUGAUAUUAUUAUUUCUACUCCUGAAAAAUGGGAUGGUAUCAGUCGUAGCUGGAAAAACCGCAGCUAUGUGAUGAAGGUCGGGCUGAUGAUAUUGGAUGAGAUACAUCUUCUAGGAGCUGAUCGAGGACCAAUUCUUGAGGUUAUAGUUUCUAGGAUGCGAUACAUUUCAUCACAGACAACACGUUCAAUCCGCUUUGUAGGUCUUUCAACAGCUUUAGCAAAUGCCUGUGAUUUAGCUAGCUGGCUGGGUGUUGAAGAGAAUGGUCUAUUCAAUUUCAAACCUAGUGUUCGACCUGUACCUCUUGAAGUCCACAUACAGGGAUACCCUGGGAAGUUUUACUGUCCGAGGAUGAACAGCAUGAACAAACCAGCAUAUGCUGCAAUAUGCACCCAUUCACCUACAAAACCAGUUCUUAUUUUUGUCUCUUCUCGUCGCCAGACAAGACUUACUGCACUUGAUCUCAUUCAGCUUGCUGCAUCAGAUGAAAGUCCAAGGAAAUUUCUUAACAUGCCAGAAGAAUCACUUGAAAUGAUUCUCUCGCAAAUUACUGACAACAACUUGAGACAUACAUUACAGUUUGGAAUUGGAUUGCAUCAUGCUGGCCUGAAUGAUCGAGACAGAUCAUUGGUUGAAGAACUCUUUUCUAAUAACAAGAUUCAGAUUCUUGUGUGUACAAGCACAUUAGCAUGGGGUGUUAAUUUGCCUGCUCAUCUGGUUAUCAUAAAGGGGACUGAAUACUAUGAUGGAAAAGCCAAGAGAUAUGUUGAUUUCCCUAUAACUGAUAUAUUACAAAUGAUGGGCCGUGCUGGUCGUCCACAAUAUGAUCAGCAUGGAAAGGCUGUAAUCCUUGUCCAUGAACCAAAGAAAAGCUUCUAUAAGAAGUUUCUUUAUGAACCAUUCCCUGUUGAAAGUAAUCUGCGGGAACAUUUGCAUGACCAUAUUAACGCAGAGGUUGUUUCGGGUACAAUCAGCCAUAAAGAGGAUGCAGUUCAUUAUCUCACAUGGACUUUUCUAUUUCGUAGACUGGUUUUGAAUCCUUCUUACUAUGGAUUGGAAGAUACUGAUGCCAAUACUUUGAAUUCUUUUCUCUCAAGCUUAGUAUUAAAUACAUUUGAAGUUCUUGAGGAUAGUGGUUGCAUCAAGAUAAAUGAAAAUUCGGUGGAGCCUUUGAUGUUGGGUUCCAUUGCAUCUCAAUAUUAUCUAAGCUACAGAACAGUUUCUAUGUUUGGAGCAAACAUAGGCCCUGAUACUUCACUUGAAACAUUUCUGGGUAUUCUUUCUGCAGCAUCUGAAUUUGAUGAGCUUCCUGUACGUCAUAAUGAGGAAAAUCACAAUAAAGCACUAUCUGAAAAGGUUCCAUACAUGGUGGAUGAACGGCGCUUGGAUGAUCCACAUGUCAAAGCAAAUUUACUCUUCCAGGCACAUUUCUCUCGCAUUGAAUUGCCAAUCACUGACUACGUUACAGACUUAAAAUCUGUUCUUGACCAGAGUAUACGUAUCAUCCAAGCAAUGAUAGAUAUAUCUGCUAAUAGUGGAUGGCUUUCAAGCACAAUGACUUGUAUGCAUCUUCUACAAAUGAUUAUGCAGGGCUUGUGGUAUGGUAAUGAAUCAUCAUUGUGGAUGUUGCCAUGUAUGAAUAAGGAUCUUCUAAGUCACCUGAAAAACAUUGGCAUCUCUUCAUUGCAAGACCUAUUGGAACUUCCUAAAGAAAAAUUCAAUCAGAAGCUUCAAAAGUUUGCUACUGACUUGUAUAAGGAUCUACAGCAUUUUCCUCGCAUCAGAGUAAGAGUAAAGCUACAAUAUAGAGAUGGCAAAGCAUCAGAACCUGAAGCACUUAACAUCAGACUUGAGAAGAUAAAUUCUAAGCAUUCACGAGCUUUUGUGCCUAGAUAUCCCAAGGUAAAAAAUGAAGCAUGGUGGUUAGUUCUUGGCAGCAUUACAUCCUCUGAAUUAUAUGCUUUGAAAAGAGUGAGUUUCUCAGGCCAGACUUUUACUCGUAUGGAGUUGCCUCCGUCUAAAAUCAACUUUCAGGAAACCAAAUUAUUUUUGGUAUCAGAUUGUUAUGUCGGAUAUGAACAGGAAUGCCCCAUUGAAAUAAGCUAAUCACCACGCCCUUACCUGGCUUGUUUAUCUGGUGCUGAUAUCUAUCAGAUGGAAGUGAAUAUAUUAAGCCAUUCUACGAGUACAAUGACCCAAAUGUAGGAUCCCUAUAAGCUGGUAAAAAAUCGAAGCAAUGGUGAAUCCUUCUCUUUAAUAAGUAUUUGCGCUUUCUCUGCUCUGCACUUUCCCUUGUUUUUUUGUUCACGUUAUAUUUAUUAUUUUGAAGCCACGGCAGUUGUAUGGUUGCUGCGCGGUGUCUUUUUGUCUUUUUGUACUGGGGAUAUUUAUUUGAUGAAGGUAUAGCAGAUUACUCAAAGCCCCAAUGAAAAUGCAUCAUCUCUUAUUUUGGCCGUUCUUA